AUGUCAGGCGGCUUCUCUUUAUCCGAUGCCUUGCCCACCGGCAACAACCCCCCUCCCGGUGCCCCCCCACCCCAUGGCUGGCUCCUGGGGGACCAGCCACCACCUCCUGGGGGGUUCCCAGGGCACCCCGGCCCUCCAGGCGCCUAUCCUGGAGGACCAGGACCAUACCCUGGAGGACCGGGACCACAUCCAGGACCACCUGGAGCAUUCCCUGGAGGACCAGGGCCACAUCAUGCCCCAGGACAACCACCCAGUGGCCCUGGAUUUGGGCCACCUCCUCCACACGCGGGACCAGCUCCUCCCAUGCCAGCCUGUGCCCGAGUGUUCAGCUCUGGAUGUGGUUUUCUGCUAACACCAAAUCCCUGUUGUCUCCAGAAAGUCCCCUUUGAGCUGCCUCUGCAGAAAGGACUCGUCCCUCGGAUGAGCAUAAUCAUCACGGGGACCGUCAACCACAACCCAAGCAGGUUUGCACUGGAUUUCAAGAGAGGGAGCGACAUUGCCUUCCACUUUAAUCCCCGCUUCAAGGAAGACGGCGGCAAGAAAGUCAUCGUCUGUAAUUCGAUGAUCCGGAAUAACUGGGGGAAGGAGGAGAGGAUGGCUCCUAGGUUUCCAUUUGAAGCUGGAAAACCCUUCAAGAUCCAGAUCCUUUGCGAGGCGGAUCACUUCAAGGUGGCGGUCAACGAUGCUCACUUGCUGCAGUACAGCUUCCGCGAGAAGAAGCUGAACGAGAUCACCAAGCUGUGCAUCUCUGGGGACAUCAUCCUCACCAGCGUCACGCCGACCAUGAUGUAA